GAGCUGUCGUCACCGCGGCCCUCGCGCCUCAAUGAAAGGCGGCGGAGGCGCGAGACGUGACGAGGAGUCCGUUAAUGAGACGAGAUGCCGCGUGAGAUCAUAACGCUGCAACUCGGACAGUGCGGGAACCAAAUCGGGUUCGAGUUCUGGAAGCAGCUGUGUGCGGAGCAUGGCAUCAGCCCCGAGGGCAUCGUGGAGGAGUUCACCACCGAGGGCACGGACCGCAAGGACGUCUUCUUCUACCAGGCGGACGACGAACACUACAUCCCGAGAGCGGUGCUCCUCGACCUGGAGCCCAGGGUGAUCCACUCCAUCCUGAACUCGCCCUAUGCAAACCUGUACAAUCCGGAGAACAUCUACCUGUCAGAACAUGGAGGGGGUGCAGGGAACAACUGGGCCAGCGGCUUCUCCCAGGGGGAGAAGAUCCACGAGGACAUCUUCGACAUCAUCGACAGGGAAGCGGAUGGCAGUGACAGUCUGGAGGGCUUUGUACUCUGCCACUCCAUAGCAGGCGGUACAGGGUCGGGUCUGGGCUCCUACCUGUUGGAGAAGCUGAACGACAGGUACCCCAAGAAGCUGGUGCAGACCUACUCGGUGUUCCCCAACCAGGACGAGAUGAGCGAUGUGGUGGUGCAGCCCUACAACUCGCUGCUGACGCUCAAGAGGCUCACGCAAAACGCCGACUGUGUGGUCGUGCUGGACAACACCGCUCUGAACCGCAUCGCCACAGACCGGCUCCACAUCCAGAACCCCUCCUUCUCCCAGAUCAACCAGCUGGUCUCCACCAUCAUGUCCGCCAGCACCACGACCCUGCGCUACCCCGGCUACAUGAACAACGACCUCAUCGGUCUCAUCGCAUCCCUCAUCCCAACACCUCGGCUGCACUUCCUCAUGACCGGCUACACCCCCCUCACCACCGACCAGUCGGUGGCUAGCGUGAGGAAGACCACGGUGUUGGAUGUGAUGCGGAGGCUGCUGCAACCCAAGAAUGUGAUGGUGUCGACGGGACGAGACCGCCAGACCAACCACUGCUACAUCGCCAUCCUGAACAUCAUCCAGGGGGAAGUGGACCCCACGCAGGUGCACAAGAGCCUGCAGAGGAUCAGAGAGAGGAAGCUGGCUAACUUCAUCCCCUGGGGGCCCGCCAGCAUCCAGGUGGCGCUGUCCAGAAGGUCCCCGUACCUGCCGUCUGCACACCGCGUCAGCGGACUGAUGAUGGCCAAUCACACGAGCAUUUCCUCCCUUUUUGAGCGAACGUGCCGGCAGUACGACAAGCUGCGCAAACGCGAGGCCUUCCUGGAGCAGUUCCGCAAGGAGGACGUGUUCAAGGAGAACUUCGACGAGCUGGACAACUCACGAGAGGUGGUGCAGCAGCUCGUCGACGAGUACAGCGCCGCUACGCGCCCCGACUACAUUUCCUGGGGAUCCCAGGAGCCGUGACCUCCCGUCCCCCCCUCCCAAGCCGGUGCCACGCUCAAACGGACCGAGAGCCUUCCCCUCGUUGGCAUGACCUAGUAGGAGCACAUAGCGAGAUUUCCCCUCUAGUAUUGCACACAGACCAGUGUCCACUGGGACCGUGAAUAAGCACAGCGCUUGUGUCCACUCAAUAGCAUAGCACUCCGCUCACUGCAUUCUGUACUUUUGUGUUUUCACCUGCACUUAGGAGCACCACAGUAAGUGUACGUGGUCUCUGAACGGCCUGGAAAAACCCGUGUCGGAUGGUGGAGAGUUCGGCCUGGCUAACUGGGGGUGGUGGGGGAAGACGAGCAUCGUUGGCAAGAGAUCCCGUAUAAGAGACAAGUUUAAUAUUAAAAUGAGCCAAGUGGCCACUCUGCGCAGGUGGGUAUAUUUGGUGUAACGUACCAGUUGAUGCGGCGACGACUUUGAGUAGCUUUUUAGGUAGCAUGUACCCCCCCAGCAUCUGGGGUGGGGAGCCACAAUUCAGCCGGAGGGUUUACCUCUGCUCUAAGUCAGGAUGCUGGUGGCCAGCCCUUCUUGUCAAGCACUCCAGGUGUGUGCAUCGGGUUUGUUUUAAUUGGCGUUUUCUGAGUACUAAGUGGCCUCACCUGUUGUGCCUGGUGGAAGUGAAACUAAUAGGAAAGUUUUCUCAAAAACCUGCAGGACUGCGUUUUCAAGGUUCAGGAUUGGCAACCUGUUUUAGGAGGCGAUGAGAACUUCCUGUGACACGUACAUCGGCUCUUGGUCCGAGCAGUAAAUGCGGAAUUGUUCUCCUAUGGUAGUGCUGCACGUGCCCACUGCAUGCUGGGAGAGUCCUCAUUUCACAGGGUUCUUCAGCAGGAAAGAGUUUCACUGCAGAUAGGGUAAAAUACAGCCGUUAUGGGGAUGGGAUGGGUCGGGUCAGCCUGUGGUUUGGUAGAGUACCACCACUGUAUCACCAACAGGUAUUGGCGCCAUUUUUCAUAGCCUCACUCUAAUUUUCUUCAAUAUGCAAAAGUGAGCACCUCAAGCCAAACCGCUGUACAGGAGACCACAUUCUCGCUUUUUUGUUUCGCACCGUUGUGGUUUCCUGUGUAGCGCAUGGAUGAAGCACAUUGUACAGGUCUUCUGCUUCGUUAAGUCUGCAGCUGUAUAUGCGUACGAAUGUAAAACACGCUUUGCCUGGAGCAGUCAAAGUGUUGCACUUCAUGUGUCCUUUUGUUUUCUACAAAUAAAUGGAUUGUGU